CUCAGGUACAGAAAAUGAUGCACAGAAUGUGGGACAAAGAACCUUUGAUUCCGACCUCGUACACCCCGAGAUACAAACAAAUAUUAAAAGCGCCGCCCCAAAUUUACUUCAGAGACUUUGUUAAACAACUAGUCGCACCCUUGAUCCCAUCUCCCAAAUGCGUACCGUUCAAAGUAACAGAACUGGUGACACCAGCAGUGGCCUACUUUGGGCUUGUGCUGCUCCUGUUCAACUUCAAAUCUGCCAAAUCCGAUUUCCCCGCUGCUCUGCUAUCUGUAACGCUAUACAUGAUUCUGGUGCCAGCUGGAACGUACCUUUUGUGUUUGGCUGGAAAAGCACCUUUGUCCUUUGCUAAGGUCUUUUCCGUCGUCACAGCCUCACAGAUUGGAACUCUGCUGACUCUUCUGGUACCAAUUGUAAUAUCACAUGAGAAUGCUUUCAAAAGCCACGUCCCCUUUUUAGUCGCCCUGGCCAUUUUCGGUGGACUGACAACUGCUAGAGUUUGUUUGGUCCUGAUUGUGGCUCUGCCAGUGCCAGUGAUGCGUCUGAUUACAGGCACAGUUGUGGCUCUGACCAAUCUGUUCUUCAUGCUUUUCUUGCACUUUGCCUUCAUGCACCCAACAUUCAAGUAUGGCAUUGGUGCAUACAAAUCAAGUUUUUAACAGAUAGAUCUGAACAUGUCAAGCCAAUUUGUAAAGAUGUGAGCAGAAGUAAAAUAUAUUAGCUGUUUUAAUUUCA